UACCAGACAUUCACACAAUUCACAGUUCAACUUCAACAGCCUAGCUUUAAUUCCACAGAAGAAAAGUGAGAAAAUGAACGCUACCUACAAAGAUUUUGUGUCCGACUCAGCAGGACUACCGAUGAAGGAAAUACCGCACUGGUGGUUAAUAUCCGGUUUCCUUGUGGUGAUGCACUUGAUCACCAUGAUUCUCAUCACCAUCGUCAUCGUCAAAUCACGCUCUGAUGAUGAGUCGACCAAAUCAUUGCCGACAAAAAGGUCCAGGGUUGUAUCUGGACAGAGAAUCAUAGAUGCUGAGGAAAUCCAAAUGGAAACCUUACCUACGCAAGAGCGUCAAAAUAAAGGAAUGGAAUUUGCUUAUGAAGAAGCAUGUGGUGGCUUCUCUGAAGAAACAUACCAACCGCCUCCCUCAGGAGCAUACCAGCCUGCCCCCAGUACUUUCAAGGCACCCAUACCAAAAUUUUGCGAAUCUUAUGAGUACAACCAAUGUGACGAACCCACCUAUUCAAAUAAUGCAGAUACUUAUGGAAACCUUAGUUACAGUUACUCUAGCUUUGACGAUGAAGAAACAUACGCAAAUGUCAACACUCUCAAAAAGUGAUAACAUCAAGAUCUGCUUGUUAACUUUUUUUUUUAAAUUGAUAUAAAAUUAUAAAAAAAAUAAUAUCGCUCCUCUCAUAGUAAUCAGAGGAGUGAUAUUCUUUGGUGUUUGGUGUAAAAUGAUGUAUUUGGGCAGAGAAUGCCUGGUGGUACAUUAAUAAACACAAUUGUAACUAAAAUUUUGGCCAAUAAAUUGCAGCAAUGCGUAAAAAAAGUAUGCCCAUUCCUAUCAGGCUAAUACUAUAAUCUAUAAUGAUAUAAAAUUUAGACUUCAUUAUUAGUCUAGUCACAAAAAUAAUAUUAAUAAUUUCCAAUUUCCUCCAUAUUAUACUGUGUAGUAAAUUUAAUCGUUGUUAUGGCUAAUUAUAUAUAAUAAAAAG